AUGGGAAACCUCUGCCACCAGCAGCCCCCCGAUGCCACCCCUCAGCGCAGCCCAAGGAGGGCGAGGGACAGCGGGACGCUGCCGGGGUUCCUCCUCCUCCUCCUUCUUGCCUCCUCCAUGGCAGCUUGCAAAGGUGCACCGAUGCCAUCCCAGCCACUGGAGGCAGAUGAGAAUCUGCAGCUGUGGAAAGAGAUAGAUGAUGCAUGUUCUGCCUACCUCUCCACAGAUUCUCAGACUCAGGUGAGUCAGAUGAAAGCAUCCAGUACACUGGAAGAACUUUGUUUUUUGGUCAUGGGAUUUCUCCAGGAACCACAGGGUUUGGAUGAAAAAGACAACGCCAAAAGGUUCUUAUUUCAUUAUGCUAAGACUCAUGACUCAGGCAACUCAGACAUCAGGUCAUCUGUCCUGCAUCCUUUGCUGCAACUCCUUCCCCAGAUUAAUGAAAGAAGACUGAAGAGAUACAAAGUGGACGAAGAACUUCAAGCACCUAGAGGAAUUAAAAGCAGAGGCUACUUUUUCUACAGGCCACGCAAUGGAAGGAGAUCAGUGGAUUUUCGCUAA